AAGGUCACCUUGCAGUCUUGCUCUUGUAGGCCGCAGAGAGAACCUGGUCGCUCGUAAUGGUGUCGGCUUAGGCCAAGCUCAUCAGAAUCGGUCCUAUUGAGCCGGCCGCGGGGACGAUUGCCCGAUUCAUCGUCUCAAGAUGAACAUUGUCGUGCUUUUAAUAGCCUGCUUUGCGUUGGGUCUCAUCACAAUCCACUUUCUCCUCAUGCUCUUCACACCACAUCCUAUUCCUAUCACAGAGGAAGAAAAGACCUAUACCACCCUGCCCGACUCGGCCCCUCAGCAUCUACCAGCCUUGUCCGAUCCAGCGAGCAUAGCCCUCAGUAUCGUCGUGCCAGCCUACAAUGAGGAACUCAGACUGGGAACGAUGUUAGAUGAGGUGGUAGAAUAUCUGACCCAUCACAAGAGGCAUCACCCGAGACAGCCUGAGAACAGUGGAACGCCAAAAUUCAAAGAUGGAGCAGAAAUCAUUGUGGUGGAUGAUGGAUCGAGCGACUCGACCACCAAAGUCGCUGAGAGGCUCGCGGCCAGCUGGGCGAAGUAUAUCGACGGAAAGGGUAUCGAUAUCAGAGUUGUCACCCUGCGGACGAACCGAGGUAAGGGCGGAGCCGUUCAGCAUGGCGUCGUGCACGCUCGCGGACGAUUGAUCCUAUUCGCCGAUGCGGACGGAGCUACUCGCUUCGCCGACCUCGACAACCUUCUAGAGGCGAUGGAAAAGAUAAAGGAUAAGGACGGUCAUGGCAUCGUCAUCGGUAGCAGAGCUCAUCUAGUGAAGAGCGAGGCAGUGGUCAAGCGGAGCAAAGUACGCAAUGCCUUGAUGCACGGCUUCCAUCUCUUCCUUCGGACCAUCGGAGUCGGAGGGAUCAGAGAUACGCAGUGCGGUUUCAAGCUUUUCACCCGCCCCACUGCGCAACUCUUAUUCCCAACGCUUCACCUGCACCGAUGGGCGUUCGACGUCGAGCUUCUACUUCUCGCCUCGCUCGUUGUUCCGCCUAUACCAGUUGUAGAGAUUCCCGUCGCUUGGGAAGAGGUGGACGGCAGUAAGAUUCGACUGGGAUGGGAUUCGAUUGGCAUGGCGAGGGAUCUGUUGGUCCUACGUGGGAACCUGCUCUUCGGGAAAUGGAUCGUUCCAGGCCGGGCAAAGGUGGAAAGUGGGAAAGUCAAUGGGCACGCAGAGGUUACCAACGGUAUAUAGAUGAAGAUACAGCAUAUAGCAUCGUUCAUGACAUCAUGCCCCAACCUGCAGCAUACCUGUAUCCUGCUCAAAGCUGCAGUAUUCGAGACGAAUGGCCUUCGGCUGAAUAGUUGGCACAUCCCGUCUACAUGAAGCGG